CUUCUCUUCACUUUCUGAGUUGUCUUGUUUCCUCAGUCACAGGCCAAAACCCAAAAUCAUCAAAGGGAAAAUGGAGCAGCCGCCACCGAAGAGCUGGAGCAUUCACACCCGACCCGAGAUCAUUGCCAAGUACGAGAUCCUGGAGCGGGUUGGCUCCGGCACCUAUUCCGACGUCUACAGGGGCCGGCGCCUCUCCGACAACCUGAUUGUGGCCCUGAAGGAGGUUCACGAUUACCAGUCAGCGUUCCGCGAGAUCGAAGCCCUGCAAAUCCUCCGGAAUUGCCCCAACGUCAUCGUCCUGCACGAGUACUUUUGGCGUGAGGAUGAGGACGCUGUCUUGGUCUUAGAGUUUCUGAGGACGGAUUUGGCGGCGGUGAUCAGGGAUGCCAAGAAGAGGGAAGCUGGCCUCGGUGUUGGGGAGGUGAAGAGAUGGAUGAUGCAGAUAUUGUGCGGGCUUGACGCCUGCCACAGGAAUAUGAUCGUCCAUAGGGAUUUGAAGCCUAGCAAUUUGCUGGUGUCUGAGGAUGGGGUGCUGAAGUUGGCUGAUUUCGGCCAGGCAAGGAUAUUGAUGGGCCCUGAAUUUGUUGCUGGUAAUGACAACCAGCACCACCAUGAAGAGAGCAUUGAAUUUCAGGAAAAUGUCCUUCCAUCAUCUGAAGUUGGCCCUGAAAGGGACAGCUCAUUUCAACAAGGAUAUGAUAAUCUAGAGCAGGAUGUUAAGUGUAAAGAAGAAUAUCUUAGACAGUUAGAUGAGCUCAGGGCCAAGCGCUUCCUAGAUGAAACUGAUAAAGACACCAACAUUCAGGAUGGAGACACAUCCUGUCUCGCAACCUGCUCCCAUAGUGACAUAGAGGAUGAUCCCUUCAAGACUUCUUAUUCCUUUGAGGCAUUCGAGGGUGGGGAUUACGGACAUGGUGCUCUCACAUCCUGUGUUGGCACUCGCUGGUUCAGAGCACCUGAACUGCUCUAUGGAUCCACCGACUAUGGAUUGGAGGUGGAUCUUUGGUCACUAGGCUGCAUUUUUGCUGAGCUUUUCAAUCUUAAUCCCCUCUUUCCUGGAGAUUCUGAUAUUGAUCAGCUUACCAGGAUAAUAAGUACCUUGGGCAACAUAACAGAAGAAGUCUGGCCAGGUUGUUCUAAACUUCCUGAUUACAGAAUCAUCUCAUUUGCAAAGGUAGAAAAUCCAAUUGGUUUAGAAGCUUGCUUGCCCAACUGCUCCCAGGAUGAAACUGCCCUGGUCAAAAGACUUGCUUGUUAUGACCCAGCUAAUAGAGCUACCCCAAUGGAGCUGCUUCAUGACAAAUAUUUCAAUGAAGAGCCUCUUCCAGUUUCUAUAUCAGAGCUGCACGUUCCUCUGACAAAGUAUGAACCUGAUGAAGAUUUUCCCGGUGGAUGGCAUGAUUACAACAACAUGGAUUCUGACUCAGACUUUGAUGAGUUUGGUCCUAUGAAUGUUAGGACCACUGCCAACGGCUUUUCCAUUCAGUUCACUUGAGCUUAAUUACUAAUGAGGUAACGUGGGUGGUCGGAGUGUAUGUUCUAAUUUGUUUGUGUAGAGCUUUAAGAAUGAGAUCGAGAUUGAAAUUGGUGAUGGGAGAAACCUUGAACCUCUCGAACUUGGGCUGUUUCUCAAAGCAAUGUGUUAUAUUAUAUGUAAGAAUUCUUUAUUAAAAUCAAGUAUUCAUU